CUCAGGUGGAGCAUUAUUAAAAGAGCCUCGACAUUUCCUGCUUCAUUUGUCCUGUUUGCGAGUCAAGCGAGUGUUCGUCACUUUUGUCUUUCUCUGCGGGAUUAAAAGUGACAAACAUCUUUUUGUUUCGUGCUGACAUCAUGAACUUGUUUUUAUUCUUUCUUCUGGUCGUGCAAAUGCACAUCGUGACGCCUGUGAUUCACACGCUGCAGUAUUUCAGCACUGUGUCCUCUCAAGUUCCAAACUUCCCAGAGUAUGUGGAGGUUGGUUAUGUUGAUGGAGUUGAGAUUAGUUACUAUGACAGCAACAUCAGGAAAGAAGAAUCCAAACAGGACUGGAUGAACAAAAUCACAGCAGAGGAUCCAAAAUACUGGCAGAGACAAACAGAGAUCUGUGUUGGUAAUGAGUUUACUAACAAACACAACCUUGAAGUUCGUAAGAAGCGUUUCAACCAAACUGGAGGUGUUCACAUUGCCCAGAGGAUGUAUGGAUGUGAAUGGAAUGAUGAGACUGAUGAGGUUAAAGGUUGGGAUCAGUACGGUUAUGAUGGAGAAGAUUACAUAUCGUUGGACAUGAAGACAUGGACAUAUACUGCAGCAAAACCACAAGCUUUCCCCUCCAAACUCAAGUGGGACCAGAACAUAUUUCUACUAGACGACAAUAAGUAUUAUUUCACUGAGCUUUGUCCUUCUUACUUGAAGAAGUAUGUGAAGAAUGGGAAGAAGGUCCUAAUGAGAACAGAGCUUCCAGAGGUGUUCCUCCUCCAGAAGACGCCAUCCUCUCCAGUCACCUGCAUGGCGACAGGUUUCUACCCCGACUUAGCCGACCUGUUUUGGAGGAAAGACGGCGAGCAGAUCUUCGAGGACGUGGAGCACGGAGAGCUGCUCCCCAACCACGACGGAACCUUCCAGAUGUCGGUGGAGCUGAAAGUGGAGGUGACGGCCGAGGUGGAGGGCAAGUACGAAUGUGUGUUCCAGCUGUCUGGCGUCAAAGAGGACCUGGUCACCAAGCUGGAGAGAAGAAGCAUCCUGAGCAACGCAAGCCAUGAAGACAACUGGAGCGUCGCCCUCGCUGCCACGGCGGCGGUCGUCGCUGUGGCGGCCGUCCUGGCGGCCAUCAUCAUCGUCAUGGUCAGGCGUCACAGAAACAGACAAGGUGAGGGACACCAAUGUCCUCCGUCUUCUUCUUCUUCUUCUUCUCGGUCCAGGCCGUGAGUUGAUGCUUUCAUCCGGGCUGCAUGUUUUAGUUGCCUUCCAGCCAAACACUCAAAGAUCCACAGAGACAGAGCGCACACUCUCACAUAGAAAGACGUGAGGAAAAAGUCCAUUUCACCUUGUUUCACUUUCAUUUCAGCCCAGUACGAUCCAGCUCGUAAGUAAAACAUCUUUUCUUUGAGCCGCAAGAAACAAAGCCGUGGUGAAGCGUCACUCACAUGGAGGUCUGAUGUGGACCUUUGUUACAAGUUUAGCCUGAAAAUCCCAACUUGAGCUGACUCCUUCACAAUAAAAGAGCCUCCUGUGAGCACACGCAAUACAAAGUGUGGCAUAUCUCACGUUUGACAUGAGUCCUCAUGAUGAGGAUCAGCCAAAUGAGACCUCAAGUGUGCUGGCUCAUCAAGAAGGUAUCCUAGUCAGGAAGUAGAAGAGCAGCACUCUGCUUCUUCAUCUUUCCAAGUCACACCUCAAAGAUCUGAUGUGAGUGACGAGGCACCUUCUGGAUGUUCUUCCUUCACCGUUUGCGUUUGUCCCGCAGCUCGCCACGGCGGCGUGGAGCUCUCCGAGAAGGUGGCGGCUGAAGGCUGAGAUGCUUUGUGCACUGGAACACAGAGAGAUGUCUCCAUCGCUGAGGGACGUCAUGGAGAUGUGCUUUGUUCUUCAUCCCACUGCUCCUCACGCUAUUCCAUCUAUUCUUCUUUGGCCGUUAAAAUACUUUCAACAUCAAACGUUGGUGGCUAGAAAAUCAUUCGGGGCUCACGUUUCAUGGCCUUGACAUCAUGACGAGGAUUUCUUCUUUCUUUGAAUGGCCGCUGCUUAUGAUCAAUAUCACAUUGUGUCACAUCUCUGUCAAUAAAUCCGUUUGUUCUCCA